CAGCAGCAGGUAAACAAACCUAUCUGACAGGGACGGCUGCCAAACAAAGCGUAUGCGCUGCUUGACCGUCUUGCAUUUUUAAUCACGAGCAGGAUGACAGUCGACAAAGACAUACGCCUGUUGUUAGUUGUUAAUUAGCUAACUAAAACCGCCGCAUUGUUACACAACAGAGCGACGACUCGACUACAAAAUCGGACAGAAAGGACGAGUUUAUCGCGCAAAAAAGAGGAGAGCCGACUGUCGAUAUCUGCGCAUGAUGCAUUGCAGCACUUUUGAGAAAAUGGUUGUUUUUAGCCUUAUUCUCAGGAUAGAGUAUCUGAUCCGAGAUGUAGGUUGGGUUCUCUAGCUAUAGUGUCGUUUAAUUGUGCUGGAUUCCAAAACCACAUCCCCGCUGGCGACCUGCAACAUGGGGCCCAUCAUGCAGGAGCGCACAGCCGCCACGACACUGAAACGCGUCGUCUCCAAGGAGAAAAUUCGGGUAAAAAAUACUGAAAACAGCGGACCAGUAACCAGUUCCAAGAAAGGUAACAGGGUAAAGAAAGCGACGGGCCAGGUGAAAAAUGGCCUCCCGGGACCAGGUCAGGAUAAGGACACAGUGGCAACAGCGCAAAAGGGUGCUCAGUCAAAAGGUGGCAGGGUCAAAUGUGGUACUGCAAGAAACACAAAUAAACUGUCAAGCCCCGAGGAUGAAGGAGAUUUGAGACCUCAGCUCCGUAAACACUCAUCUGCGCAUAGGAAGGAGGAAAAACGAGAAAAUCAGCGGCUGUUACAAUGCAGCAGUGACACGCACCAGAAAUGUGGAGCGAUGGGAAAGAAUCGGCGAGCCCUAUCCCUGCCUCUCUCCCCGAUAUCAGGACUACGACAAAUGCCAGCACAGCCCCUCACCCACUCCCCAGUUCCGACCCCAGAGGCUCUACAGCGGCAUUACAACCAGAAGGACGAGGACACCGACAGCGCCAGUGAUCUGUCUGACUCCGAGAGGCUACCGAUACUGCCCUCCCCCUGUACCCCCUGCACUCCCCCUCACCUCAACCUACGAGCUGAGGUCAUCAACACUAAUGACUUCCCUCCGGAUUUCCCGGGACCCCGAGGGACUGUGGGUGAUGACGACGAGAGCGAGAAACCUGCCUACAGUUACCCAGACUUUCUGCCUCCUCCAUUCAACAGCUGGAGCCUCAGACAGCUCGCGGUGUUUCUUCACACAGAGGGCCGUGGCGCCCCUCGGCCAAAACCUGUCGGGCCCUUGGAAAAGUAUCUGGAGAGGCUGCUGCAGCUGGAGUGGCUCCAGAUCCAAACAGUGCAAGCAGAGUGCAGCCGUCCUCCUGGGAGCCGUCCACGACCACAAGGAUUCCCCUCCGCAACAGCUGCUCACCCUCCCCGGCCCCACACAGCUCCAUCAUCCCGACUCAACUCCCCUAAAGGUCUGCGACACAGCCAGCGAGCUUUCCCCUUCGCGCCCAUCAACAACCCCCCUUCACCCGCCACUGCUCAGCACCAGCUCUCUCGCUUUCCAGUUUGUCCUCACUGUCACAUCCGUUACCCUUUGUGCAAUGGAAGCUGCUCGGCCUACGCUUACCAACGCCACUCGAGGCUCAGCCCGCUGCUCGAGCGCAAAACCAAACCUGGAGCGCCGACAAAGAGGAGCAGCAGCGAGACCCGGGCUGCUUCCACAGAGGGGAGGAGCCCAGGAGGACAAGGCGGAGGCGGAGCCCAGACACCCGUGAGCCCCUCAGCAGGAAGGAGUCAUCUCAGGCACAUGCAGGCUGCAGGUAAUGCACGUAAGCAACCGCAAGAAUCCAGCGCAAACAACAGAGGACAGGUGAGGAAAAGCCGUGUCAGAGCCAACUCUGAGACGGAUGUCAAAAAGGAGCCCGGUGGCGUGAAAGCAGUCGGCGCAGAGAAACGUGUGUUUGCUGCUGCAGGCAAAAGAGAGGCCAUCACCUCAAAAAGGGUUGAAAAAGACUGGCAGAGGACGGAGGCAGGCGGUCAGGCCUCUAAAACUGCCCUCAAAAGAGCUGCUAAAGAGCCACAGCCUCUCUCCAAAGCACCGCUUAGUAGUAAGCAUAACGGUAAAACAAAAAAUGUGCACUUUGUUUCAAAGUAACCUCUAUAGGCCUGCCUUCUAGUGCUUCACUUAGUGGUUACUUGGUACAGAAGCUUGAAACUAUGCUUGCUUUUUGUGUAAUCUGUGUGUUACUAACAUGAUGUAACUGUUGUACAGCAGUCUAAAUCAGUCUGUAAUCUACAGCCUUCAAAAGGUCAAAACUAACAGAAAUUGAGCAGCUAGAAUAGAUAUAAAACAGCAUUUAAUCCUGAGCAUAUGGCAGUUAACUAGACCUGAAGUAAACACUUGGUAUUUCACUUAAAAUGUACAGUAACUAUACAGACUAAACGUAGACUGUGCUUGACAGAAGACUCAUAAUGAUCCAAAACACUGCUGGGAUUUGACAAACCCAGUACACAGCUUUUACAUAGACCUGAACUCUUACUGUCACAGCCAUCUCUCAGUGUAUCCUACUAAUGUAAUGUACUAAUGAAUAGGAAGCAUAAAAUAAGCAUCUACUGGAGUUUCAAUAGCUUACAGCAUAAGUAAUCCAUUGUGAUGUUUAAUACAGAUAAUUACAUUUUACUCAUCAAAUACAACCAUAGCUGUUACUCGUGGAGUUUUUGAUGUUGGAAUGUAUUUGUUCUUAAUACUUACUUUACUUGAUGUUGCUUUUUAUAUUUUAUUUGGUGCCUCAUAUUUUAAGACAAAUGUUAAUUUACAGCUACUUUAUCUGGAAAAAGGAGGCGCAAUAAAUGGUAAUGUGCAGCAGUAAUUUAAUUUCUCUUAUCGUGCAAUGGUUGUACACUUUUGGUUAAAAGGGCUUUUCAUGUUUGAUCAGCUUGAAUUGUAGUCAAUGAUACUAUAAUGUAUUUUGCCUAGAGCUGAGCUCUUUCUAUUAUUGAAGACCGUGUAAUGUUUGCUACAAAUGUAAAUGCAUAUUUUUCCAAUUUUUAUAUACCAUAGUUAUAUUUAUGAAAAGUGUUGUGGUUGACUUGUAUUCAUCAUUGUCAUUAUUAUGUUUACAUUGUCUUGCACUCAAGGAAGAAAAUAUUUAGUGAUGCUGAAUGUAACUUUAUGUCUACCGUGCUGUACCAUUGAUCCAGUUGAAAGUCGCACAUCAUAUCCGUUAGACGGUAUCAUGCAUAAUGUCAUGACAUAUCACCUUCAUUAUCCUCCACAUACUUGACGUCUGUAGAACACUGUUUACAUUAGUGUCUUAUCAUUUUCUUGUGAUGUACCACGUGCACUUGAUUCAUGGGUACACAACAUCGAUGUAAAUGUUGUGAUAUGUAUUCAGAUUGCACCUCUUUACUUAAUAUCCAUGUAAAUUAUCAAAGCCAUAGGUAAGGGGCCAGGAGUGGAAAUGUAACUAUCAAUGUGUAUAUUUCUUUGACAAGCACGCAGAAAGAUUGUGGUAUUAUUUUCUCAGUGUUGAAUGCAAGUAUUUGUAAGGCAUAGAAAUAAAUGUUUUGCACUCAA